AUGCAGCGCGGGUCUGUAGAGCUGAUACGGCGGUCAAAUGACCGCCCAAAUGUGUUUCUCAGUGUUCAGAGGAUCAGGCACCCCCUCGCGAGUUGCAAGGACCUCGAAUUUCUAAUCCCAGACGACUGGAAGCCAGGGAUGCACAUACCCAAAUUUCUCGUGUUCUUCGACAACAUUGAAGACUCUGUUCGCGCUGCCGAAUUGCUCCAAAAUCGCAUGCCACGUGAAGAACGCAACCGCAUUGUGUGGUUCAAUGCAAACAAUUCACAUGAAUUUCGGGAGGAGGCUACAAAGGAGUACCAGGAAGGGAAACUUUACGGCCUCUAUAGCACUGACUCAUUCGGCAUGGUAUGUGUCCCGAUUGUAUCGAAAAUGGAUUAUUAA